GCGGGAACGCCAUCAAAGUGGCGGGGGUUGAUUAGAAAUCUAUUUCAUCCAGAAAUACACCUCUUAUCGGCUGCAUUUAAAGGAGAACUAAUUUCAGAACAUGACGUACGGAACACCCGGACAGGCUAAACGGGUGUGUGUUAUCUUUCUCCUGCCACCGAUACACGAAUGGAUACAUGGAGUUUGGACAGAUGGAGGUUGAUGAUAUGUAACAUCAUCCGGAUACGUACAUCUCAUUUCCAAUCAAAUUGGGGCUCGUCGAAGUUCGAGUGAGCUGGCAAUCGAUGACUCGGGGUCAAGUGUGUGCUGUACUACAUACUAGUGGAUACCUUACGAGCCUUGGACGUCAUCGACAGCAAACCUGCUGGAAAGGAAGAUAGUUGACGUGUUUUACGGUGGGAACAAAGUAAUAUCAUACCAAUGGCGGGAUUCAGAAGAAGUUGAUGGACGGCGUUCCGCAGGGUCUCAUUCCAAAUUACAAAGGGCAGACUGACGGCCAUCGAAAAAAGAUUCCUAAAACGUCCAAGGGACAGGUAACAGAAGAUGUGGAGGUGCUCGGCAUGCGAAAAAAUUUCGGUGAAAAGGGUGGCGUUUGUGGCGAGAGGAUAAUCUUCAACGCGGCGGUACCAUGACCACUCUAUAACGACCCACUGUAAGCAAUCUAGGCCAAGCCUCGAGUAGGUAUCAAGAUCAUUUGAGCCUUGGUACAGCUAUCCAGCUCUGUCACGACCGGGGUCCACAACACAGCAGUUUCAGAAGCAGAUCUAUUCAACAGUGAGUCAAAGCAGAACGGGUUGGGCACAGCAGCUUAUCUCGAAAGGCUUGAGAAAGGAUAAACAAACGUGGGGCGGGAAGUGAAGCAUACGUAUGCUUUGUUGCUAGACCGAGAAUAGCAAAAGUGACCCAGAGAUCUCGGAACGUAUAUGACCAGCAGAAGCUCCAGUAUGAGUCUCCUCGAGCAGCAGUAGGUUAUUGUGGGUCUAUAUGCGAAAUGGGGGUCGAAAACGGAGGUAAGGAAACGAUGAGACCAACUUCCAGAGCAGAGAACUCCAGACCGAAAGCGGACUCAGCAGCCGGGGUAACCGUUAUCUAUGAAUGCGACCAAGUUGGGAACCAGAUCUUUGAUUUCGGCCUCGAGGCGGUAUACGUAGCACUGUAUAUUUGUCAGAUUCUUCCAAGCAUUUUCCCAUUCUUACCCCCUGUCAUACAUAUACACCGAACUGGUUCCCGGUGUACCAUGCAGCGAGAAAGGAUGCGGCGCGGACGUUCGCGGACGAUUUCGACUAUCGCUCUGGCUAGGCAAGCUUCCGAGGAGCGCCGUUUGUCCUUGUUGAUCACAGCCACAACCACGUCUCCGUCACCACCUUCCACAACGCACACGACUUCCCUUCCUUGCACGAAGACUCCAGUCCCAAUAUUAGAUUUAACGACGAGUAAUAAUCACGAGGAACAACAUUGCGUCUACCCCGCAUCCCCCACAGACUCUUUAUCAUCAACGUCGUCGACAGAGCUCAUGGCGGCUGACAUGCAGGCGAACCUGUCGAGUUCCGAUUCAUCUUCAUUACCGCCACCUCGAACCCUUCAGGAUCAGCUACAUGUCGCUUACGCAUUGGAUGAUAUUCAUCUUGCGAAGAUUAUCCUGCUUAAACUCAGGGGCAUCGAAGUCACGUCUGACUCAGACCCACGAAUUGCCGCUGUUCAACCCGAGGAUUUUGACGAGUGUUUCAUUCCAGCUGGUGGUCUCAUGAGCCAGGAGGACGAAGAGGUUAUCAAAGAGAUGCAAAGAGUAGAACGCGAGAGGCUGCAGGUGGCGUAUGAGCAAAGGCGACGUAGAGAACGGGAGGAGGCAGAAAGCAAGCGACUGAGAGAGUGGGAGUUACAUUGCGAAAAGAUCUGGGAAGGAGAGAAGAGGAGGAUGCGAGAGGAGAAGGAGUUUCUAGAGAGGAAACGAGAAGAGGAGCGCAAACGAUGGGAAGACACGGAGAGGAGACGGAGGGAGGCCGCUGAGCGCAGAGCUACUGCGACAUCGCGAUAUUCUUGUCGAUCAUCGCCAGUAACAACAAAGUCCAAACCUCGAUUGUCUUAUGCUAGUCUCUCGAUUGAGCGUAUCGCCUCGUCCUCGUCGUCGAUGUCGAGCACUGGCGAUGACAAAUACCUAUAUUCUGUUCUCCCCGUACCCAAAGUACCGUCGCCACCGUCACGAAGACGACCGUCAGGCACUUCACCUCCAUCAGGUUCGUCUUCAACUUCACACGGGUCUGCGUCAUGCAACUCCUCGCACACGAUUACUCCCAGUCAUGACCCCACGCUUGGUAAUGGUUUAGAAGUCGAAGUCGCAACACGCAAGCCCAAUACAUCAGUUCCUAGUUCAACAAUCGCGCAUAAAGACCGAGCACCUCUAGACUCCAAGGCACUAAGCUUGCGAGGACGACUCUCUCCAUCCUGCGCUUCUGAUAUGAUAAACAUCACCGUCUCUUUCCGUGACAUAUUGACAUCCAUGAGGGGACCUCUGUUUCCGAUUGAAACAGAACCGGAUUCGAGACCGCGGCCUCCACGUGCGGAGUCCAUGGAUGGAAAUCAGAGUCAGAGUCCAAACAGCUGCCGAAGCCAAAGCAAAGGGCGUGUUCAAGAUCCGUCGUUACCAACCAACGUCACCUCCACCCAUACCGCUAGACGACGAAGACGAAAUGAAGAGCUUCUAUCGCUUCUAUUGACAGAGGUGAAAUGGGCGGAAGGAGAGCGUUUGGCAAGGGGCCGGAGCGGGAAUGAGCGCGGAAAGAGUCAGAAGAGCGAGAAGGGUAAAGAGAGGACCCUCCAACCCCUGCAUCCGAUUAGGCAGAACUCGUCGAGCUCGAUUAGGAGUAGCAGCAGCACUAGCAGCUGUGCCGCUUGUUCUGCUUCUGCCUCUUCCAACGCCCCAACGUCACCUGCCUCCAUCAGUAGCGGAGCGUCCCGCGCCGGCUCUUGGUUAUCUUCAUUCUCCUCGUCAUCAACCAACACGGACCUCACGACGCUCUCCACAUCCCUUUCCACCUCUCCAUCGAAAGUUAGUCUCGUUCAUGUACAACAUGUCUGUCCAUCUACCCCUACGAGCAAUGUUAAAUCCACCGUUACUGGAUGGUUGCGCAAGUCAGCCAUUACCGGCUCUAGUCAGCAGCACCAAGCUAAAGAGUCCCAGCAACGCCAGGCGAUCCACCUUGUACAUUCAUGCCGCCGCCCCCCAUUUUCAGGGUUAACGCCAAUCAUGGCUUUUGAUGGCCCACUAUGUCCGGAUGAUACCAACGAACCGAAGGGUGUCCUGUCGAUAGAUGGAGCUGCUGAGGGAAGUGAUGAGGUUGGGUCAAGGGUCAACACGAAACGUGGUAGCUCUGGUGCCUGCGCAAACGAUGGCAUCAGUAUACACGGUCCCGCUGGUAUCGCGAGGCAGAUGACUCGAUUUGUCGAGCUUGCGAAGGGGUUCCAAACAGCGUACAUCAAUAUGACUGUUUUUGGGGCUGUACCCACGCUGUCAUAUGAUCAAGGUGCAUGGAAUACCGGACUAGAUGAUGAAGGGAGUCCCCAACGCAAUAAGGCAAAACGGAGAAGAGAUGUGACCUCAUGGAGUCAGGCAGCGGUGAAACAGAAGUUGCAACCAGCAGGAUAUAGGGCGAGUAAAGCAGAAAUUGACCUCUUCCUUAUAAGAAGGAACGAUGGCGGAGUGCGAAAAGAGAAGGAGGGAAUUUUGCGAGCUCAGCUCAACAGUGAAACGACCGCAAAUCACACUUCUCUAAGCGGCACGGCGUCGAACGAGGCUAGUGCGGAAGGAGAGAAAAUAGUAAUAGUCGAACAUCGUGGACGAAGUGUUGGGCGUUGUGGUUAUGAGUACGAUGAUGAAGAUGGGAUUGAGUACAUCCCGCUACUUCCUCCUCAAUUAUCUGCUCAUCCUCCCAAAACGAUUCUACCCAGCCCGCUUCCUUAUCCUGUGGUGUUCAAGCCUCCUCUUCCACUAGUUCCUUCUCCACAUCGACGGGUUGCUUUGCGGCAGAAUCAGCGACUCGAGGAUGGCAUGGAGUUUGGAUCUCUGUCUGCAUUGUCUUCUUACUCUCAUCCUUCCCUCGUCCGAGGAACAGGCCGUUUCUCGUCCCGUCUAUCGUCUUCUCCUCCUCCACGUUCUUCGGCUCGCUCACGAGGGUCGUCACGAUCCAACUCACAUUCUCCCACUCGACGUUCCUCCCUUUCGCGCCUCCAAAAUCCUCAAGAGUCAUCAGCACCCGUAGCACGCCCUCGAGUGGUCGCAAAUCCAGUCUACCUUCGAUUGAAGGCGGCCAAGAAUGUUGGACUUGAGUUGGGGAAGAACUGGGAACCUGGACUCGCCAAGAGUUGUGGUCGGUUGAGUGGAGGGAAGGAGAAGAUGCUCGCGUUGACUUGGGAUGAGAUGGGGAGGAGUGUUUUGGGGCGAGAGCAGGAUGAGACAUUUACUAGAAGGGGUUGUCCGGUGAAAGGCACACUUGAUACUGCGUUGAGAAGUGGUGGGGGUAUUCUUCCUGAUCGAGGCGAUGAUGAUCGACGGCGUGGACGUCAUGGUAGAGAUGUCCAUGAAUUCCAAGGUGUGAGGAGGGGGAGAUGUGUUGUUCGUGGAUGAACGUGGAGGGGAGAGACCAUGACUAGAUGGACUACGAUGGAAUAUGAUGGGGGAUUGUGGUGAACUCCGCGAUGGUCUUUCUCUUUAUCUUCGUGUUUUUAGUUGGUUAUCCAUCUCUAUGACUACUUGGUACUCUAUGAACUAAUAAAGAUUCUAUAAUCCUUUAUAACUCACGGUUACGGCUAGAUAUUGAUCUUACAUUAUGUACACUACAAACUCAUGCUUUCUCGAUGCACAUCAAUCUUCUGCUGUCUUCCGGCAAUUGAACCUAGCGCAAAUUCCACAG